UAAGGGGUAACUGUUACCAUUGAGCCUAUGAAGCAGAACAUUUUUCAUGGAAAAAUAAAGCACUGGAAUAUUUUCUGUCUCAUGUUGACUAUGUUGUUAUGCAAAACCUUAUUCUCACAUGAGAAAGUGGUGAGCAAACCAAAUUAUUUAUCAUGUAUAAAGUGGAGCAGUCCAGUCCAGGAAUUACGUUUUCCAGUUCACUAGGGUCAGGAGCAGUUCCAGUCCAGGUCUUGCAUACAAGUUCUAUAGAGAUCUGAUCCUGAAGCAGCUGAAGAUGUAGAUUUAUGGUGGGCUUUCCCCUCUACGUGCUCAGGGGUCCACAGUUUUAGAGGGCUACAUCAGAGGCAAGACCCUGAGUCAGAAGAAGGUGAGAUCUUUGUCUCAUGACUUUCUCUCACACGCUUUCCAAAUAAAUGCAGACAAGAGAAACAAAGGAGGAGAAAGUUCUUUGUUCCAGUAGGCACAGCUUACCUUCCAUCUCAGUGCUCCCAGGCCAAACAUAGACACUUUUGUCUCCUUACCCAUGAAAGCUCAGGCAGCAAGCAUGUAUCCCAGGAACAGAGUUCAAGAGGAGCCUGGCACAUGGUUCAAGAUGGAGAGCAGGCAUGUAUGUGGUGGGCUGCACUGUGGGAAGGUUCCUUGCUUUGACUUUUGUCAGCUCCAGUCUGAUACUGCUAAGAAGAGUUUGGAUUUGAUAUCCCGCUUUAUCACUACCCGAAAGAGUCUCAAAGUGGCUAACAUUCUCCUUUCCCUUCCUCCCCCACAACAAACACUCUGUGAGGUGAGUGGGGCUGAGAGACUUCGGAGAAGUGUGACUAGCCCAAGGUCACCCAGCAGCUGCAUGUGGAGGAGCGGUUCACCAGAUUACGAGUCUACCACUCUUAACCACUACACCACACUGGCUAAGCAAAAUUCAACAUGCUUCAAAUUCCUGUGCAAAAUCUUGAUAAUAUAAGGAAGGCUCGGAAGAAAGUAAAGGGUAUUCUAAAGGAUAUUGGGCUUGACAGCUGCCAGGAGUUACUUCAUACUCUGAAAAGUUUUGACCCAGGAGAAAAAUAUUUCUGCAACACUUCAUGGAGUGAUGUGUCUCUUUGGGAGUCUGUGACCAGAAGAAGGAGAUACAGAACAAAUCCGUACUGCUGUAGCCUCUGCAAGUUUUCAUCAAAAUUUCUUUCUUCUUUCAAAAACCACUUGAACCGUUACCAUGAAGAUGAAGUUGACCAAGAAUUAGUUGUUCCUUGCCCAGAAUGUGCAUUUGCUUCUCAUUCCAAAGUAGUGGGAAAACACCUUCGUAUAUUUCACUCUAAGAAAAAAAUUCAAAACUAUAAUGUGAGUGGUGGCAUGAGACAAUUCCGGAGUGAUGCAGUAAACUUCAUAUGCCAGAAAUGUCAGUUUACAGACACAUUAUACUAUAAUACGAAGAAACAUGUAUUGGUAACCCACUUCCAAAGCCUAAUAAGCACAUACUUUGAGGAGAGGCCUGAUGAAAGUGAAGAGAAUUUUACUGAUCACUACUGUAAAAAGUGCAAUGCUUUUGCAAACAGUCGGGAUUCUUUAAUAUACCAUGUCCUGACAUCUGAAGUACACAAAGACCUGGAGAAUAUAUUGAGACCUAUAAUUUCAGUGCAGCCUAAAAAAUCAGGACAAGCAAAGUCACAGCAUAUCGUCAAUAUUGCACCCAAGCCUUCCACAGUUGGAGCCACACCAUCGCUGAUACCUACCACUGCUUCAGUAGGUUCACCUUCUACGUGUAUCCAGCUUUCACUUCCAUCAGUGAAUCAGAAUCAGAAUGUGGUGCCAACAAAAGCAGUCCCAAACACAGUUGGACCAAGUGCCUCCAGUAGCCUGACACAUCCAUCAUCGUCAGCUUCAGUUGCCCAGACAGGUCAUACACUACUGCCUAGCCAAGCAGGUCCGAACAAUGUGACUCUUCGGUCUGCAGUUCCUCAUCCAGUCUUUGUUUCUCAUCAACUUCCUGUGAAGCAGCCAGUGAGACCUGACAUUCUCUGCCUAAACCAGCCUCCUGGGAGCAUAAGUCGAACUGUUCCUCCAGGAGUCCUUUCAUUCACUCGGCCUGUCCGGCCUACCCUGCUUCCUGCUAAUCAAUCUGUUAGGGCUGUUGGCAGUCCAGUUUUGCCAGGGUCUCUCCCUGUAACUCAGCCUGCUGGUUCUCUGAACAGACCCAUUGCAGCUAGCUCUGUUCCUGUAAACAGGCCUUCUUCACCUGGCGUCCUUGCUGUAAACCGACCUGUUGGUAGCUUGAACCAGCCCAGUGGUCCUGGGGUCCUUCCAGUCACCCAGGCGAUCCCACCAGGGGUUCUUCAGUUUAAUCAUCCUGUUGCACCUGGAGUUCUUCCUGUAAACCAGUCAGUUGGACCUGGAAUUCUCCAGUUCAAUCAGCCUGUUGCACCAGGAGUACUUCCUGUAAACCAGUCUGUCAGACCUGGAGUUUCUCAGAAUGCUACUUUACUGACUGCGGGACCUAUCCUUCGACAGUUAAUUCCAACUGGCAGGCAAGUUAAUGGGAUACCUACGUAUACCCUUGCCCCAGUUUCAGUAGCUUUGCCUGUGCCAGCGGGUGGAGGGGUGACAACAGCUCCACCUCCUCAGAUGCCUGUUCAGCUGAUGCAAUCUAGUACAGUUACUCAGCAGUCUCAGGCUCCAGCUACUGUGCCUUCCUCUGUAGUAGCAACUUCUUCCACGAAUACCCUCGCCAAGACUUCUGUCUCUGCCUCUGCAAUGAGCCUAGCCCUUAAACAGGCCAAGCAGUGGAAGACUUGCCCUGUUUGCAGUGAGCUUUUCCCAUCAAACGUCUAUCAGGUGCACAUGCAAGUGGCUCACAAAUGCAGUUCAGGGAAGACGGGCAAGCUUGAUACAGACAAAGUUGCAGCCUGUGCACCUUUUCUGAGAUGGCUAAAAGAUAAGACGGUCAGGUGUUUUUCUUGUAAAUGUUUUCUCUCUCAGGCAGAGCUUAUAAAACAUAUUUUCAUACAUGGAUUAGCUUGCCUGUUUUGCACCAGUACUUUUCACGACCUAAAAUGCCUUGUGGAUCAUACUAAAACUGUACAUAAGGGGAAGAAGAAACUACAUGCAGAUUAUGAUGACAAAGGUUUUCAACUUGAGAGUGAUUCGGAAGGUGACCUGGUGUUUCCUCACUUUGACUUCAACAUAACUGUAAAAGAAGAACUUUGUGAAAAAGAAGUACACCUAGCAUUACUUGCUGGGGUAAAUUCAAGGACACUUAUUCCUCUGUACAUGAAGUUGCAACAUGAGACUGCUGAUAUGAAUAAUGGCAAUAAGAAAGUAUCAACUUGCCCUUUUUGUUACGGUGUUUUCACUAGCCUAGAAGCCUACGAGUUCCAUUUGAAGGACAGGCACCAUAUCAUGCCAACUGUGCACACCAUUUUAAAGACCCCAGCUUUCAAAUGUAUCCACUGCUGUGGUGUAUAUACUGGCAACAUGACUCUGACUGCUAUUGCUGUGCAUCUGCUUCGCUGCCGGAGCGCUCCCAAAGACAGCACCCCAGCUGUGAAGAUGGAGCUUGAACUCGAUGAGAAGAAAGAUCUGGCACUUGUGAAUGGUGAAAAUCAUGAUGAUCCUUCUCUCUCAACAAAGAGGAAACUAUCUGAUCACCUUUAUUCUGUUGCAGAGGACCAAAUGAAUGAUGACCAGCCAUUCCUGAUUAUAGACAGUGGCACAGCCCAAGUUCCAGCUAAGGAAAUGACUUUUGUGCCUUCCAAGAGACAAAAGACUGAUCAUAAGUCUGAAACUAAGGGCCAGCCCUCCGUUGAGAAUCUUCACAUUUUAGCAUUAAAUCCAAAGCCAUUCCAACAGUGCUCAAAUGAAGUUCAGAAACUGUUUCUUGUAGAUUAUUUUCACAAGAAGCCGUAUCCCUCUAAAAAGGAGUUAGAGUUACUGUCAUCCAGUCUGUGUGCUUGGAAAGUUGACAUUGCAUCAUUCUUUGGGAGAAAGAGACACACCUGCCUAAGGGCAAUAAAAAAACUUAAGCCUUCUGUGCUUUUGGGAUUCAAUAUGUCUGAACUUAAAAAUGUGAAGCACAGUUUGAAUUUAAAAUGUGAAUCAGAAGAUGUGUAAUUUUUUUUAAAAAAACUCUCAUAAGGCAAUCAAGAUUGCAUAUUCAGGCAUCUGAUAUGGAUGCUUUAGUUCAGAUUCCUGCAUUGCAGGGGGUUGGACUCGACCCUCGGCGUCCUUCCAACUCGAUGAUUCUUUGAAUUGUCUCACUGAUUUAGUUUCUUGUGAUUAUUAAAAGAUUAGUACGCAGUGCCUCUUUCAUUUGGGCUGUGUGUUCUUUGUGGCAGUAGGGUACAGUAUAGUAUACCUGAGGCUCUGGGUUUUUGUUUUGUUCUUUUUUGCUGUUCAUGGGGUAGUUUUCUCUGCCUAUGGUUUUUAUACAAUUGUGUAACAAUUUUCCUGGCUUUUUUUUUAAAGUACAAAUUGUUUCUAAAAGUGUAUAUGUUUGAUAAAAUAAUAAAACUAUUAGGAGGGCCAUAAUUUAAAAAAACCAGCUCCCCUGUCUUUAAAAUUAAUAUGGUUAACUUGUAACCUAAUCUUCAGAUUGCUCUCCAAAUUAACAACAGAUUUACCAGUGACAGCUAUAACAAAUGCAGAAACUUUGAUUAAUUGAAAAGUAGCAGUUGCUGCCUUUAGUUAUGAAACAUGUAAGCCAAGGAUUUGCAAGCACUGUUUUCUAAACUAUUUGUUUUACAAUAAGAAACUAUGAAGGCUUACAUAAAAAAUGGCAACUUUUCUCCCCUGAAGUUAAAACUUUGGUUUAAUAAUCCUUGAUUUGCAUUUUGGAAUAAAUAAGAGAGAGGAGCUGUCCAUUUGAUAUUGAGCUAUAAUGACAACCUAGGGAUCUUUCAUAUGGCUCUAUUGCUUGCUGGGAGCUCUGAUGACAUAGCAUACUGUUCCAGGCAGCACUUGGCUAUGUACACUUUAUGAAGGCUUUUCACUGGCUGCUCUGCUCUAUGUUAGCAAAUAAUCCCAAGCCACUUUUGUUUGGGGCAAGGGAUCAAAGACUUCAGCAACACUAGCCUAGUGCAGGCCCUGAGUUUAUUCAAGUUUCUCACUGUAUUUGAAUCAAUGUUUAUUGAAAGCUCUUGCUAUCAUUACAGUAGCUGAAUUAUUUCCUGCGUCACCCAGAUGACAACCUUGUCUAAAGUUAGGCAAGAGAUUGCACAUGCAGAGUACUCUUUAAAAACAAAUAGGCCUGCGAACAAGGGGCAGGUUUUAUUGCUUCUCUUGUCUCUUACUUUUCAGCAAUGUAUGUUCUGACAUCUCUACAGAAUACUGUUGUUUUAACCACUAACAUUUAACAUUCUGUUCAACUUGACUAGGACACCUUAUUACUUUAGCAUCAAGAAAAGAAAAUUAUAUAUUUGGUGUGCUGACUUGACAUUGUUUUCUAGUUACUAACGUGUCUUUUAUGGCAAGAGAAUUUUUGUUAAGGUGAAACUGCAUGUAAAUAACUGUGCAAUUUAAGCAGUUGCAUUAUAGGCUGUUCAGUUUCUAUAAAUGUCAGAAAAUUGUUCAGAGGGCUUUUUGGUUUGGUUCUAUUCUUUAAUACAAUCUCAUCUGACAGUGAAUAAUGCCAGUGCAAAAAAUAAAUUCUGCAAUGGGGGUCCUGUAGGCACAGGUAGAUUAUUAACUUUUGUUUCAGCAUUGAUCCUUAUGUAUAUGCCAGAACUUGGUGAAAGAAAUGGAUUCAGGGGUGAGCUGAAGUAGUGGUGAUUACUACUACUUCUACUGUUUUAACUUUGACCUUCAUCCAUUCAUGUGAGAAUGCCCAGAGAAUGUGGAAUAGUGCCUCCCUCCGCCAUUUUGUGGAAAAAAACUAGGAGGUAGAAGUAGUGGCAAAAGCAAACUGCUUUUACCUGAAACCCAGAUGCUGGCAGUAAGUACAAAACAAAAAUCACUGCAGACGUUAAGGAAAGAUCAACUUGGCUUUGGGAAAUGACGACCUAUAAAUCAAAACUGACUGAAGUGCAAAUAUCUGUGUUCAGUGCCGACCAACUAGGCUGAAUUUCAACUUGGCCAAAGUUAAUAUGUGAGCUUAUUUUAAGUUGCAGGAUAAAUUAUAUGACAGUGCUAAUUAUUAUGCUUGGCUCUCACUACAGCACAUGCCUGAAUACUGCAUGUAUGAUCUGCCAAGAAUGGAAGUGAAUAGAGGUGCAUUAGUGGUGCUUUCGUGAACAGCUCUUUUUUUUUCUAGACGCCAAGGAUUAUGAAGGAGUGAGAAGAGCACGUAAAGCUUGAGCUGCUCCUUACAGUAGGAGAGAGCCUGGUCUGUUACAUGUUAGAGCAAUUGAUCUGUUGACUUCAAAUAAACCCAAGUUUUCAAUUUUA